AGAGAGAGAGAGAGAGACAUCUCAAGCAAGGGGGAAAAAAAACUAGGAACCCGUUUUCAUUUUUACGUCUGACCUUCUUAAGCCCACCAUUUGCUUAGCUUAGUGUAGAGAGAGAGGGGGAGGAGAGAGAGAAAAUGGUGGGCCGGAAAUUUCAGGUGUGCCACAAUGACUCAAACUUCGACGUGGACUACGACACCGACGAUGGCUUGGAAGUUUUCAAAUUCCAGCUUUUCUCUCUCUUUUCUGUGCUCCCUGAGAACCAAAAGAUUAUUGGAGCUGAUGAUGAUCGGACGGUAUUCACCGAUUCCGAUCUCCUCUCCGUCUCGGAUAAGCUCCGAUUGGUCUCCAUUGAUGACGAAGUCAAAGAACAGGAAAACCAUGGAUCGAGUAGCGCUGAAUUUCUGAAAUCCGAUGAGGAAUUGGCUCGAUUGUUACAGGCUGAGGAGGACGCGCUUUUGUUUCAGCGGCUUGUUGUGGCAGAAGAUAACGGACAAUUUGAGGGAAGAGUACGGCCUUAUAUCGAUCAAGUUCGCUUGUACGAGGAUCCAGAGCGCCAGGAGGCUGCUCGGAAAACAGUCCCUAAAGAAGAGCUUGAGGAGAAGGCAUUGGUUUCUUUGGCAAAGGAGGGGAACUCUAAACCAUCAAAAGAAGAACAAGAUCAUGCUUUCCUGCUGCAGCUGCUUUUCUGGUUCAAACAAUCCUUCAGUUGGGUUAAUGCACCUCCUUGUGAUGGUUGCAAAAAUACCACCAUUAACCAAGGCAUGGGUGUUGCACUUCCUUCAGAAAUUCGUUUUGGAGGUUCUCGAGUUGAAAUUUAUAGAUGCAAUUCAUGUUCUACAAUCACCCGUUUUCCACGCUACAAUGAUCCAUUGAAGCUUGUUGAAACGAGAAGGGGACGUUGUGGGGAGUGGGCCAAUUGCUUCACACUUUAUUGCCGAGCUUUUGGCUAUGAAUCCCGUUUGAUCUUGGAUUUUACAGAUCAUGUUUGGACAGAGUGCUUUUCACCAUUUUUAGGAAGAUGGAUGCAUCUUGAUCCUUGUGAAGGAGUCUAUGAUAAACCAUUGUUAUACGAGCAGGGGUGGAAUAAGAAACUAAAUUAUGUAAUUGCCAUUGCAAAGGAUGGAGUUUGUGAUGUCACUAAACGUUACACGAGGAAGUGGCAUGAGGUUCUGUCUCGACGGAAAAUUAUUACAGAGUCUGCAUUGUCAAGUGUCCUCAUUAAGAUUACAAAAGAAUGCCGAAGUGGCUUUACAUCUCAGGUGCUUUCUGCACUUGAAGACCGCAAUGAGAGGGAAAGACAAGCACUUGAGAGAGAUUUACAUUCUAAGGAUGAUGCCUCAAUCUCAUUACCUGGCAGACAAAGCGGGGACAAGGAGUGGCGCAAAUUGAGAUCAGAAUUGGGUUCUGAUUCCUUGAGUUGCUCUUCUUGUCCGGUUCGUGUAUGCAUAGAUGAGCAUGUGUCUAGAAUUUAUGAUGCAUUUCUUCCCUUACUUUCUUAUUUUGUCAAAGAAGAACUUGCUCGGUCAAGAGCUCUUGAAGUGCUUGGGAUUCUCAAAGGCAUUCUGUUAGAUCUUCAGAAAUCCCCUUUCAGAAGUAGGAGGACCUCACUAGAAUCAGGAUCAAAUACUAGUCAAUCUUUUGUGCAUCAGUUGCUGCCCUCUUUUGACGAGUUGCUUAAUGCUCUGUCACUGAGUAAGGUGGACACUGAUGGGAGGAUUGAUAUUUGUUUGGCUGGAAACCCUGUUCAUACUUCUCUAGCACUGCCUGUGGCAUUGGACGCAGCCGAUGAUACCAUCCGUAAUCUUAAGAGUUGUGGAAACUUGAGUAAAGAUUCCCUUUCCUUGCCUCUAUUGAAAUCAAAUAGAAUACAUUCUGGUUCAGUACUUGCUAGUGGCGAAGAAAUUCCUUUUGGAAUCGCCACAUCAGCGUUUGAUGGAAUCCGGACUACUAAAUGGGAAGAGCCUAAUGGUGCACGAGGUUGUUGGAUCAUAUAUAAGUUGUCAGACAACCAGAAGCACAAACUUGUGGCGUAUGAGUUAAUGUCUGCCAAUGAUGCGCCAGAAAGGGAUCCAAUGGACUGGGUUCUUGAGGGAAGCGAUGAUGGGGGAUCCAGUUGGCAUAUUUUGGAUAAACAAACUUCACAAAAGUUUGAUGGCCGUUUCCAGCGUCGAACAUAUAAAGUCGCAUCAUCUUGUCUGCCAUCAAAUGCUUUCAGGUUUAGGUUUUUGGCAGUUCGAGAUGUUCAUUCAACUUCACGGUUGCAAAUAGGUUCCAUUGACCUCUAUGUAUAAUUGGCCCAAAUUCUCGGCCAAAGCGAGUGGCUGCCCUAAUUAUAUGAUUGAACGUUGGUUUUAUGCCCUUCUCAUAUAAUGUAGUAUUGCAGUUUUAUUGUCUUUUUAAAUAUAGAAACAAGAAUGGAUA